ACCAGAGUGACACAGUGCUUGUGACUCUGGCUGUGUUUCAAGAUCCCAGCCAAGUUAUGGUCACUGAUGAGGUCAUUGGAAGGAUAGUCUAUUUCAAGCAACUCAUGUCAAAUAUGUGUACUUCAAUUUUGGAAGUUCCAUUGAAUUCAAACCACAUGCAAAUGGCCAUUUUCAAGAGAGUAAUAUGCAGCAAACUCUUUCCAACACUUUUCAAAUAAAAUCUCACCAUCUUGAUUAGUCCACUCUAUUUUUCAUUUAGUGAGAUCUGGAGACUUCAGAUACACUGAAUUUGGAAAACCAUCACCAUAUUUCUUACUGAAUUUGUUUGGUACCUUCUGCAAUGCCAAUGAAACAGUUCUUGGUUAACCAUUACUAACUUUUCCCUCCUUUCCUAACAGCAGCUUUGCUGAUUCAGUAACUGUUCUAGUCAAUUAGCUAACUAACUAACUAACUAAUCAAUGGAACUGUUGUCUGUGUGAGUAUCAGCUACAACAACAACAUCCAUGGAUUCCUCUACCUUCCAACAGAACCACCAUUCUCCUUCAACUGUGAUUCGUUUCUUCAAGAUUGUUCUCACAAAAAGCCUUCAACAUAAAACUCUUUUACAAUAACAACAUCCAUGGCUUCCUCUACCUUCCAACACAACCACCAUUCUCCUUCAGCUGUGAUCAGUUUCUUCAAGAUUGUUCUCACAGAAAGCCUUCAAAAUGGAAUUCUUAAGGUACCAAACAAGUUUAGUAAGAAAUAUGGUAAUGGUUUUCCGAAUCCAGUGUAUCUGAAGCCUGCAGAUGACACUGAAUGGAAAAUAGAUUGGACUAAUAAAGAUGGUGAGAUUCUGUUCGAAAAGGGUUGGAAAGAGUUUGCUGCGUAUUACUCACUUGAAAAUGGCCAUUUGUUGUGGUUUGAGUACAACGGAACUUCUAAAAUUGAAGUACAAAUAUUUGACAUGAGUUGCCUUGAAAUAGAGUAUCCUUCCAAUGACCUCAUCAAUGAUGGUAACUUGGCUGGGAUCUUGAAUGAACAGCCGCAGCCGAAGAAAAAGGCGAAAGCAGCACCGAAGCCAUCAUCUCCUUCUAGAAGUAAAAGAGUGAAAUUUACUGUCAAAACUAUAGAUGUGGAAGAUAGUGAAGAAGAUAGCGAAUUGGAUAGCCAAUCCAAAGAGACACAGCUUAAGAAAUUGCCAUAUGUGGAUGAUUUCUAUCCUGGGACCAGUGGGUUUCAAGCUCUGAAUGAAGCACAGAAAUUCAAAUCAGAAAAUCCCUUUUUCAUAGUCAAGGCAAGGCAAAGCAAUGUAUCAAGACCAACAGUUAAUUUCCAAGCUUCCUUUUUCAGAAAGUAUUUUGAAAAGGAGCAGAAUGUACAGAUAAGGUUUCAGAAGAUACUGAUUCCUGCAAAGCUGCGCUGUUAUCCAUAUAAUUCUCAUGCCAUUAUCGCUUCCGGUUGGGGACUUUUUGUUCGAACAAGUACACUACAACCUGGGGAUGUUACUAUUUUUGAGCUCAUCGAAAGAGAAGAUCCGGUGCUUGAUGUUCAUAUUUAUAGAGCCCAAGAUUUCCAGCCUCAGGUCUCUGGGAUUCAAUCUCAGAAAGAAGCUAAGAAGUCCAAAUGUCCAAAAGAAUUCAAGAACUCCGAGUCACAAAAUCCCUCUUUCGUGAUCAAGAUAACAGAAAGUGAUCUAUCAAAAUCAAGGGCUAGCGUGCCAGUUUCCUUCUUCAACAAGUAUUUCGAAAAGAAGGAGCCGUAUGUAGUGAUACGAUUUGAUAGCAAGUUGUGGCCUGUAAAGUUGCUGUGUUAUCAGGCUAAUGCCUAUAUCUCCCGCGGUUGGCUGGCUUUCGCUCUUGACAAUAAUUUAAAAGCUGGAGAUGUUUGUAUCCUUGAGCUUGUCAAUGGAAAAGAUGCAUUGCUCGAAUGUCGUAUUUAUAGAGCAGAUGGUUAGGUAACCUGGACUUCAGGGGCUAUUUAGCCAAGAAAUUUUCUGAUAUUGUUUAGCUCCUUUUGUUGGAUCAACCUUCUACCAUAUCCAAUUUAAUUUUGUGUUUUGUUUAGUAUCCUUGUUGACAAUGUUGCUGUUUUGUGUGACCAAUAAUAAAAUGGUAUGUUUGGGAGAUAUGUACAUUCCCAUGGGAAGUUUUCAGUAGUGAGUAGUGACACACACAAAAACUGCACAUUUUAUAUGUUUGUUUUAGUCAUUAUGAUCUUAAAUAAAUUGCUUAUCAAAC